CAGUCGUCCAAAGGAACGUCAACAUGAACGAAUGUUAACUUUCACGGAGUUAUUUUCUCCCCCUUGUGAUCACGCAGCCUGUUUAAUUAACGUGAGUUAACUGGAAUGACUGGAGAUGGAAAGCACAACAGACACCGAUCUAGAGUGCUUAAAGCUGAAAUCUUUAAAAACCAACAAGACGUUUGUAGUACCGCAGAGUGAACGGUUGGGAAAAUGCCGGAGUGUGAAAGAAUUUGAGAAGAUGAAUCGCAUUGGAGAGGGAACAUAUGGCAUAGUGUACCGAGCACGUGAUACAAGAACAAAUGAAAUCGUUGCUCUAAAGAAAGUUCGAAUGGACAAGGAGAAAGAUGGGAUUCCCAUCAGCAGUUUACGGGAAAUCAACCUUCUUAUCCGACUGAGACACCCAAACAUUGUGGAGCUAAAGGAAGUGGUGGUUGGAAGCCAUUUGGAAAGCCUUUUUCUGGUGAUGAGUUACUGUGAGCAGGAUUUGGCCAGUCUGCUGGAGAACAUGCAGUCACCAUUCUCUGAAGCUCAGGUAAAAUGUAUAGUUCUUCAGCUGCUUAAAGGACUGGAAUAUUUACAUCAAAACUUCAUUCUUCACAGGGAUUUGAAAGUUUCCAAUCUGUUGAUGACAGACAAGGGCUGUGUUAAAAUAGCUGAUUUCGGUCUGGCACGUGUUUAUGGAAUUCCAUUACAGCCUAUGACUCCUCGAGUAGUCACGCUGUGGUAUCGGGCACCAGAGCUCCUCCUAGGGACCAAGACACAAACCGCUGCUCUGGAUAUGUGGGCAGUUGGGUGCAUCUUUGCAGAGCUUCUUGCCCAUAAACCUCUUCUACCUGGAGCAUCAGAGAUCCAGCAGGUGGAUUUGAUCGUACAGCUCCUGGGAACACCCAGUGAGAACAUCUGGCCGGGUUUCUCACGACUGCCGUUGGUUGGCCAGUACAGUAUUAGGAAGCAGCCCUACAAUAACUUAAAGAACAAGUUCACAUGGUUAUCAGAAGCUGGUCUGAGACUGCUCACUCUGUUCAUGUACAACCCACAACGCAGAGCCACAGCUAAAGAAUGUUUAGAAAGCUCCUACUUCAAGGAAAAGCCUUUGCCGUGUGAACCGGAGCUGAUGCCCACAUUCCCUCAUCACAGAAACAAACGUGCUGGACCUGCAGCUGAAAGCCAGUCUAAACGGAGCAAAAUAUGAAACCAUUCUGCUGCCUGAUUAUGUUUAUCAUGUGAUUAUACAGAAUGUUUUGUACAGGUUACAAAUGAAUGUGACUUAAAUUGUACAUAGAUUCAAAAAGUGUGUGAAAAGUUGUUUUUGUGUUUUCACAAAAUGAGUUCAAAGUUAAAUCGCAAAAAUAAAGUAUAUUUUUUGUUUAAAGAUGAUUCCGUAGCAAUUGUUUGAUAAUGUUUAGGAUCAUUUUACCAUCUCUACCCUAGCUAAAGCAUCAAUA